AUGGUCACGACAUCUGCCACGGCGUUCCUGCUCGCCCUCUCGGCCCUACUGCAUGCCUCCCGUGCUUCAGCCUCAUCAUUUCGUCCCCCACAGAUAGUACUCAACCCGCAUCAAGAUCCCGACUCAUCACAUACGUCUUCAGACCCCCGCCUCGGUGCCAUCGCCAGCGAGAGCAAACUAUGCAGCCGCAUCGGCACUGACCUGCUGCGCGCGGGCGGUAACGCCGCCGACGCCCUCGUUGGCACCGUUUUCUGCGUCGGCGUCGUGGGCAUGUACCACAGCGGGAUCGGCGGUGGCGGCUUCAUGCUGGUCCGCAGUGCCUCUGGCGCCUAUGAGUCUAUCGACUUCCGGGAGACGGCGCCAGGGGCCGCGUCCGAGGAUAUGUAUGUGGGCAACCGAAAUGGCUCUGUUUUCGGGGGAUUGGCAGUUGGUGUGCCGGGGGAGCUGAGGGGGUUAGAGUAUCUGCAUCGAGGGUAUGGGAACCUUAGUUGGCAGAGGGUGAUGACGCCGGCGAUUGAGCUUGCGGAAGGGGGGUUUGAAGUUGGGGAGGAUCUGGUAAGGUAUAUGGAUGUGGCCGAGAAGUUUAUCUACGGGCGGGAUUUUCUGAGCGAGGAGCCUGCGUGGGCGGAGGACUUUGCGCCGAAUGGGACGAGGCUUAGAAAGGGGGAUGUGUUGACGAGGAAGAGGUAUGCGAAGACGCUUAGAGCGGUGGCGGAAGGGGGCGCAGGUGUGUUUUACGAGGGGCCCAUUGCGGAAGCGACAGUAGAGGCUGUGAGGGCGUCGAAUGGGACGAUGACGCUUGAGGACCUACGUGGGUAUGAGAUCAGGAGUAGAGCACCGCUGCAGGCGGAGUAUAAGGAUUUCAAGCUCGCGUCUGUGGGUGCGCCCGCGGCGGGGGCUGUUGUGCUCAGCGCGUUCAAGACCAUCGAGGGCUACGAAGGCAUGAAUGAUGCCAAAGCUACUAACCUGAGCACUCACUACCUCGACGAGGCGCUCCGUUUUGCCUACGCGGAGCGCUCCUCCCUAGGCGAUCCAGACUUCGUGAGUGGGACGGCCGCCCACCAAGAUACUAUGCUCAGCGAGGCCUCUGCUGCCCGCAAGCGCAGCAAGAUCUCGUCUGAUCAUACGCUUCCUAUCGAAGAGUACAACCCGGACGGCUACGAGAUCCUCGAAAACCACGGGACCAGCCACAUCGUUGCGGCCGAUGCCUCCGGAAUGGCCAUUUCCCUCACCUCAACAAUCAACCUCAUCUUCGCCGGCGGCCUCAUUGUCCCCUCCACCGGCGUAAUCCUCAAUGACCAAAUGAAUGACUUCUCCCUCCCCAACACUCGCAACGAAUUCGGCUACCCGCCCUCCCCCUCGAACUACAUCCGGCCCGGCAAACGCCCCCUCUCCUCCAUCGCCCCCGUCAUCGUCGAGCACGCCUCCAACGGCAGCUUGUACUACGUCCUCGGCAGCGCGGGCGGCGCCAAAAUCAUAUCCGCUGUCGCGCAGAACUUGUGGCAUGUGCUGGACCACAAUAUGAGCGCGAUCGACGCGCUGUAUGAGCCGAGGUUCCAUGAUCAGCUGAUUCCGAAUGUCAUCGCCUUCGAAUGCAAUUCUACGAAUCCGAAUUGCGCGCCGGACGGGAAGGCGCCGCACGACCUCGGGAAGUCCGACGUGGGCGGUUUGCAUCCCUGGGCCGAGUCAGGCAUCGGCACGGGCACCGCGCGCGCGUUCGACAACGGCACGAUUGCGUUCAUGAAGGAGAGGGGCCACAACGUCACGUGGAUGCCGCAGGGCUACAGCUCGGCCCAGGCGCUGCGGGUGUGCUGGAACGGGACGUUUGAAGCGGCGGGGGAGCCGCGGCAGCGGGACAGCGGGGGGUUUGCCGUUUGA